AUGCGGAGGUCGGUUCUCCUCCUCGUGCUUCCAGCACUGUGCUCGGCCUUCACGCCAGCAUUUCAUCCAAAGCUCACCAGCUCCAGGGCAGCAAAGGGUCGCGUAGGGUCUUUGGCUCCAAAGCUUCGUAGCCCACAGACCGUCAAUCGCCAUAUCACCAGCAAUAUUUUCUGCAGCGGGAACUCAGUUCAGUAUGCGCCAUUCCAGUACCUCGAGGAACGAGAUGCGUGUGGUGUAGGAUUUGUAGCUACCCGAAAGAAUGAGCCUUCCCAUGACGUCGUUCGCAAGGCAAGUGUGGCCUUGGGAUGCAUGGAGCAUAGAGGUGCAUGCGGAGCAGACUAUGACAGUGGUGACGGUGCCGGCAUGAUGACCGCCAUUCCCUGGGAGCUGUUUGAAGACUGGGUCAAGGGAGACGACACGAAGAAGUCGGGGGUCGGUAUGAUGUUCCUGCCCCAGGACCCGAGCAAGCGCGAGACCGCAAAGAAGGCCGUUGAAGCUGUAGCCACCAAGAACGGCAAAUUCCAAGUGUUGGGGUGGAGAACUGUGCCAGUCAAGCCGGAAGUGCUGGGCUCACAGGCCUCUGCAAACAGACCUCAUAUCGAGCAAAUCAUCUUGAAGUCAUCCGAGGGUCUUACAGGAGACGUUCUCGAGCAAGCGCUCUACCUCGUCAAGGAGAAAGGACUCGACUGGUUCGAUGACAUGAUCUACGCCUGCUCCUUCUCAUCCAGGACUAUUGUCUACAAGGGCAUGGUUCGAUCUGUCGUCCUCGACCAGUUCUACUCAGAUCUGACGGAUCCUCGCUACAAGAGUCAGUUUGCCAUCUACCAUCGUCGCUUCAGCACCAACACGAUGCCUCGAUGGCCUCUGGCUCAGCCCUUCCGGUCUCUCGGGCACAACGGGGAGAUCAACACUCUCCUCGGCAACAUCAACUGGAUGCGUGCACGUGAGGCCGUGAUGGACCAGGGAGUCGCGUUCGAGAAAGGCUCGGACAUCUCUAAGCUCGACCCUCUUUCCACCGCUAAGAACUCUGACUCGGCCAACUUGGACGAGGCUGUCACUCUCGCCAUCCGCGCAGGCAAGACGCCGAUGGAGGCGCUGAUGAUCAUGGUGCCUGAGGCCUACAAGAACCAGCCGGCGCUCGACAAGAUGCCUGAGAUCACAGACUUCUACGACUACUACAGUGGCCUGCAAGAAGCCUGGGACGGACCCGCACUUCUUGUCUUCUCCGAUGGCAAGAAGCUUGGCGCUUGCUUGGAUCGCAAUGGACUCCGUCCUGCCCGUUUCCUCACCACAACCGAUGGGCUCGUGUGCAUGAUGUCGGAGACUGGAGUCGUUCCCGGCAUCGACGAGAGCAAGAUUGACAAGAAGGGACGCCUGGGCCCCGGACAAAUGAUCGCCUUCGAUCUUGAGAGCGGCGAGUUCUUCGAGAACUACGAAAUCAAGUCCAAGAUUGCUAAGCAGGCGCCUUACGGCAAGUGGCUCAAGGAGAAGCAGACCAAGGUUGAGAAGCAGCCGAUGAAGGCAGACAGGCUCUUCAAGAACGAGAUCGACCUCAUCCGACAGCAGGUCGUCUUCGGCUGGGCAUCGGAGGACAUGGAGAUGCAGAUCGCCGACAUGGCCUCCACUGGCAAGGAGACCACCUUCUGCAUGGGUGAUGAUGCUCCUCUUGCUGUCCUUUCGGAGAAGCCGCACACGCUGUACAACUACUUCAAGCAGAGGUUCGCGCAAGUGACGAACCCUCCCAUCGACCCGCUGCGAGAGAACCUCGUCAUGUCUCUUGACAUGUACCUCGGACGGAAGGGCAACUGCAUCGAGCCCGCCUCUGACCACAACGCCGAGCAGAUCAAGAUCGAGUCGCCGGUGAUCAACGAGAAGGAGCUUGACAUGAUCAAGGGGGCCAAGAAGUCGGUGACUCUCUCCACCCUCUACGAUAUCUCCAAGGGACCCCAGGGCCUCGAGGAGCAGGUCAACGCUCUCAAGAAGCAGGCAGAGGAAGCCGUCAAGUCCGGAGCUGAGAUCCUCGUGCUGUCUGACUACACCCCAGCUGGAAUCUCAGCUGAGCAAACUUACAUCCCCCCCCUCAUGGCUGUUGGAGCAGUCCACCACCACCUUCUCUCCCAGAAGCUCAGGCUUCAGGCCUCCAUCGUCGUUGAAACUGCUCAGGCCUGGAGUACGCAUCACUUCGCCUGCUUGGUAGGUUACGGUGCCAGCGCUGUGCUGCCCUACGCGGCUUACGAGGGCGUUCGAUCCUGGCACGCGUCAACCAAGACGCAGUCGCUGAUGGAGACAGGACGCAUCCCCAAGAUCUCAGUGGAGGACGCGCUGGUGAACUAUCGCGAGUCAGUGGAUGCCGGCCUGUACAAGAUCAUGUCGAAGAUCGGGAUCUCGCUCCUGUCCUCCUACAACGCCGCACAGAUCUUCGAGGCGAUCGGUCUGGGCAAGGACGUGAUCGACCUGGCCUUCAAGGGCAGCGUCUCGAGGGUUGGCGGCAUGAGUGUCGGCGACGUGGCUAACGAGAUCGCAUCGCUUCACGCGACUGGCUUCCCGGAGACUCCAUUGAAGCAGCUCGAGAACUACGGGUUCGUCAAGUACUACACUGGACGCGAGUACCACCACAACGCUCCUCCUCUGACCAAGCUGCUCCAUAAGGCGAUCCGAGAGAAGAGCGUCGCCGACUAUGAGCUCUUCCAGCAGUCCCUCAAGAACGCUCCGCUUGCCGUCCUCCGUGAUCUGCUAGACAUCAAGUCUGACCGCAAGCCCAUUGCUCUAGAUGAGGUCGAGCCCGUGGAGGAGAUCAUGCGCAAGUUUAACACGGGCGGCAUGUCGCUGGGAGCUCUCUCGCGCGAGGCCCAUGAGACUCUCUCGGUGGCGAUGAACCGCAUCGGCGGCAAGUCGAACUCUGGCGAAGGAGGAGAGGACGAGCUUCGCUUCAAGCCCAUCGCCGACGUGGACGAGUCCGGUCACUCGCCCAGCUUUCCGCACCUGCGUGGCCUCAAGAACGGGGACGAGAUCACGUCGAAGAUCAAGCAAGUCGCGUCCGGGCGGUUCGGGGUGACUCCCGAGUACUUGAUGACGGCGUCGCAGAUCGAGAUCAAGAUCGCGCAGGGAGCGAAGCCUGGUGAGGGCGGGCAGCUGCCGGGCAACAAGAUCGACAAGUACAUCGCGACGCUGAGGUUGUCCAAGCCCGGAGUGACUCUGAUCUCUCCUCCCCCCCACCACGACAUCUACUCCAUCGAGGAUCUUGCUCAGCUGAUCUACGACCUGCACAUGAUCAACCCCAAGGCCAAGGUCAGCGUUAAGCUCGUCGCCUGCUCUGGCAUCGGCACCGUCGCGUCGGGAGUGGCGAAGGCGAAUGCUGACGUCAUCCACAUCUCCGGGCACGACGGCGGCACCGGCGCGUCGCCACUCUCGUCCAUCAAGCACGCGGGGCUGCCAUGGGAGUUGGGGCUGACAGAGGUACACAAGACUCUUUACGAGAACGGCCUGCGCGAUCGCGUGCUGCUGCGAGUGGACGGAGGGAUGAAGACAGGAUGGGACGUUGUGCUCGGAGCUCUGAUGGGAGCGGAGGAGUACGGUUUCGGAACGAUCGCCAUGAUCGCCGAGGGUUGCAUCAUGGCUCGCAUCUGCCACACCAACAACUGCCCGGUGGGCGUCACGACGCAGAAGGAGGCGCUGCGGAAGAAAUUCCCUGGGACCCCCGAGGCUGUCGUGAACUACUUUGAGUUCGUCGCGCAGGAGGUGCGGCAGGUGAUGGCUCACCUCGGCUACAAGAGUCUCGCCGACCUCGUUGGACGCGCCGACCUGCUGACGAAGCGCGAGGAGGCAGCGCCGACCAAGACCAAGAACCUCGACCUCAGCUUCCUGCUCAGCUCGCCCAAUACCAAGGACGAUAGGACGUGGGUACACGACGAGAGGACGCAGGGCGUCAACGACAACGGUCCUGUGCUGGACGACGAGAUCCUGGCUGACAAGGAGGUGAUGGCUGCGAUCGAUGGGGCGAAGGAGCUCAAGAAGGAGCUCAAGAUCGUCAACACCGAUCGGUCCACGGGCGCUCGUGUCGCAGGUCAGAUCGCCAAGAGGUGGGGGAACUUGGGGUACGAGAGGGAGGGAGGGAACCUUCACCUCGUGUUCAAGGGCUCGGCCGGUCAGAGCUUCGGCGCCUUCACGCUGCCAGGCAUGACGAUGGAGGUUGUGGGUGAGGUCAACGACUACGUGGGCAAGGGCAUCCAUGGCGGUGACAUUGUCGUCCGACCCCCAGCGGAGGCCCAGUUCUUGGCCGAGGAGAACGUGAUCGUCGGGAACACGGCUCUGUACGGGGCCACAGGUGGGCGUCUGUUCGCCAACGGCAAGGCGGGCGAGCGAUUUGCCGUGAGGAACUCGCGUUGUCAUGCUGUCUGCGAGGGGACGGGCGAUCAUGCGCUGGAGUACAUGACUGGAGGUGUCGUGGUAGUUCUGGGUGAGACGGGACGCAAUGUGGCGGCAGGGAUGACAGGAGGGCUCGCGUACCUUCUGGAGGAGGAGGAUGGGAGUGUGGAGAAGCGACUCAACGCUGAGAUCGUGAAGAAGCAGCGAGUUCACACCAAGGCGGGCGAGGAGCAGCUCAAGGGGCUCAUCGAGGCUCAUGUUCGCGCUACCGGCUCCGUGAAAGGCAAGCGCAUCCUUGACAACUGGAGCUCCUUCCUCCCCAAGUUCUGGCAGCUCGUUCCUCCCUCUGAGGCCAAGACGCCCGAGGCGUCUGAUCAGGUGCUGGAGGACGUGGCGAAGGAGGCUGCCAAGGUCUGAAUGGCCAGAGCUCCUUUGCUUGACAUGCGUUGGUGAUGAUGAUUAUGAUGAGUUGGCUUGUUUGAUAGCGAAAUGAAAGUAAAACCACAAAAUCGUCC